UGAUAAUAGACCCCCAGUGGGGGGAGGGGAGAGCGCAUCCCAGUGCAGGCCCCCCAGGGCGGUGAGCUCUUUGGAGAAGAGACUGUGUCUUCCUAUGCACCGGGACAGCCCCUGGUGCUUCUUCAGUGCUACUGUAAUAUAAGGACAAAGAGGUGCUCUUACACCUGGAAAAGACUAUAAAAGGCUGAUGCCUCUCCUCCAUCUGGUCUUCAAUCCUGCUUCUUACCUCUGGAGGGACUUUGCUACAAACUGAAGCUCUGAACAAAGGACUGAGGACCCAUCCCAGCUUGGGACGUACUCCAGAGACUUGAUUUGAACCUGCAGUUUAUUUCAUCACUGCUACAAACUUAAACCAAGAACUUUGCCAUUACUCAAGAACAUGGCAAAUAAAAAGAUGGAAAUAUUCUCGCCUCUGGAAGCUGUGCAAAUCUGUGCUGUGCUGGAGGACUGUCUCGAUCAGCUUGCUAUUCUUGGAUAUAUUAUGCCAGUUUCCUAUGAGGGCAGGACAGACAUCAGCAAUAUUGAUGCCCAAGAAAUUAGUGAAAUCGUCAAGAGCCAGAAGGAGUUGGGGGUUAAGUUUGAACAUCUCAUGUCAGCAAGGUCAGAGAACAGGCCAACAGUUCCCUCCGAGUCACUGAAGUUCACAGAACUGGGGCAGCAGCUGCAAGAGACAAGUGGAGAUCUAAAAAGGGCCAAUCAUCUUUUUAGUAGGGCUGCAAAACAGAGUGCUGUGUCCUCCGAUAACCUCAGAAAAGUUCAAGCUGAUAGGCAGUAUGCGAGCGAUGUGAUUGCAGAAACUCUGCAGGAAAUGCAGACUUCAGGAACGUUUCAGAGUCUGCUGCAAGCUGUGCGGAGAGAGGAGGAGAGGAAGUCUAACUUCUACACCACCAUCAUCAGGGAGGAGGAAGGAAGGAAGGAGAUAAAGUCCCUCCAGAAACGCCUGCAAGAUGUCAAGAAAGAAAAGGAAUUAGAACUUCAGAACCGGAACGAGAUGAUUGCAUACCUCAAAGACCAGCUUCAAGAAAUGAAGGCCAAGACAGACAUGGAGAGCCGCUAUGUGAAGAAAGACACAGAGCUCCAGGUCUACCAGACCCAGAAAAAGUGCAGCAACGCAGAGAGUGACUUGUUCAAUGAAAUUGAGAAGCUGAGGAUCAAAAAUGAUGAGGAGAUUAGAGUCCACGUGGAGAUUGAAAAUUUCCUCAGGCAACAACAGAUGGAGGUGAUUGUCCCACUGUACUCGGCACUGGUGAGGUCCCAGCAAGAGGACUGUGACCAAUUCUGGGCACUGCACUUUGGGAAAGAUGUGGACAGACUGAAAAGAGUCCAGAGGAGAGCAACAAAAAUGAUCAAAGGUUUAGAAAACCUGACCUAUGAAGAAAGGUUAAAAAAACUGGGCACAUUUAGUCUUGAGGAAAGAAGACUGAGGGAGAACCUGCUAAGUCUUCCAAUGUGUUAGGGGCUGUUAUAAAGGGAACGGUGAUCAACUGUUCUCCAUGCCCAGUAAAGGUAGGACAAGAAGUAAUGGACUUAAUCUGCAGCAAGGGAGAUUUAGGUUAGAUGUUAGGAAAACCUUUCUAACUCUCAGGGUAGUUAAACUCUGGAAUAGGCUUCAAAGGGAGGUUGUGGAAUCCCCAUCACUGGAAGCUUUUAAAAACAAGUUGGACAAACAUCUGCCAUGGAUGGUCUAGGUUUACUUGGUCCUGCCACAGCGCAAGGGGCUGGACUUGAUGACUUCUCAAGGUCCCUUCCAGCCAUACAUUUCUACAAUUCCCCUCCAUUCAGUUUGCCAGCAUUGCGGUAGCUGGCUUUUUCCCCAAAGUCUCUUCUCGAGGACCCCAAAAGGGAGUGCUGGGUGGAACAUCCCAUGCCCUCAUCAUUUUGUUAAUCAGUUAGGACUAAUUUCCGACACCAGUUUUGGUCAAUUGAUUUCCAGUCAUACAAUUCUCUUGUUUACCAGGCAGGAUCUUAACACAGUCCUUGAAUUAUAUCAGGAGGCCUUUUCGUUUGAACUAAUUCAGUCUGUCUCGCUUUAUAAACUUCUGUCCACUUCCCCACAGUUAGGCCCAUAAUGAGGGUACCUUUGUAGGCCCAAUUAUCACAGCAUGUCCUUGUGUCACCUCUGAUGCAACUGUCCAAACAAAGCUUUCCCAGCACUGAACCAGGGCCUUUCAGACAGGUGACUUCUCUGAUGGUAAGUAAAUACUGCUUGCCUUUUAAA